GCUUCCGUUUCAGGGAGCGCUCUGCCAGGAUGCGGGCCGCCGGCGGGCAGGACGUGCCCCUCCGGGCGAUGCUGAUGCUCAGCUGGGUCACGCUGGCCGCGUCCACAGUGGCAGCUGAGUGCCCUGACCGGAGCCCCGAGCUGCAGCCCUGGAGCCCUGGCCACGACCCGGACCUCCGCGUGCACAUCGGCCAGGGCAGGAGACUGCUGCUCACGGCGUCCGCCACGGUCAGCUCCAUCCACAUCUCAGAGGGCGGAAAGCUGGUGGUUAGAGACCAAGAGGAGGCAAUAGUUCUGCGCACUCGGCACGUCCUGAUUGACGAUGGGGGGGAGCUGCACGCGGGCAGCGCCCGGUGCCCUUACCAGGGCAGCUUCAGCAUCGUUCUGUACGGAAGGGCUGAUGAAGGCAUCCUGCCGGACCCUUACUUCGGCCUCAAGUACAUCGGGGUCGGCAGGGGGGGUGUCCUCGAGCUGCACGGCCGGAAGAAACUCUCCUGGACGUUUCUGAACAAGACCCUUCACCCGGGCGGCAUGCAGGAGGGGGGCUAUUUUUUCGAACGGAGCUGGGGUCACCGUGGGGUCAUCGUGCACGUCAUCGACCCCAGAUCAGCGACCGUCAUCCACUCCGAGCGGUUCGACACCUACAGAUCCAAGAAGGAGAGCGAGCGCCUGGUCCAGUACUUGAACGCCGUGCCCGUGGGCAGGAUCCUCUCGGUGGCGGUGAAUGAUGAGGGCUCUCGGAACCUGGACGACGCGGCCAGGAAGGCCAUGACCAAGCUGGGCAGCAGACACUUCCUGCGCCUGGGGUUCAGACACCCUUGGAGUUUCCUAACUGUGAAAGGAAGUCCCUCUUCCUCCGUCGAAGACCACGUCGAGUAUCACGGGCACCGAGGCUCCGCUGCCGCCCGCGUCUUCAAAGUGUUCCGGACGGAGCACGGCGAGCUUUUCAAUGUUUCUUCGUCCAGCGAGUGGGUCCAAGACGUGGAAUGGACAGGGUGGUUCGAACAUGACAAAGCGUCAGAGACCAAAGGCGGGGAGAAAAUCUCAGACCUCCGGGAGGCUCACCCGGGAAAAAUCUGCAAUCGCCCCCUCGAUAUCCAGGCCACGACGGCAGACGGGGCCAACCUCACCACCGAGGUCGUCUACAAAAGAGGCCAGGAUUAUAGAUUCGUGUGCUACGACCACGGCCAGGCCUGCCGCAGCUACCGCGUGCGCUUCCUCUGCGGGAAGCCUGCGAGGCCCAAGCUCACCGUCACCAUUGACACCAAUGUGAACAGCACCAUCCUGACCCUGGAGGACGGCGUGCGGUCGUGGGGGCCUGGAGACACGCUGGUGGUGGCCAGUACUGACUACUCCAUGCACCAGGCGGAAGAGUUCCAGGUGCUCCCCUGCAAAGCCUGUGCCCCCAACCAGGUCAAGGUGGCAGGGAAACCGCUGUACCUGCACAUGGGGGAGGAGACGGACGGCGUGGACAUGCGGGCGGAGGUCGGGCUCCUGAGCCGGAACAUCGUGGUGAUGGGGGAGAUGGAGGACAGGUGCUACCCUUACACCAGCCACGUCUGCAGCUUCUUUGACUUCGACACCUUCGGGGGCCACAUCAAGUUUGCGCUGGGCUUUAAGGCGGUGCACCUGUCGGGCGUGGAGCUGAAGCACAUGGGGCAGCAGCUGGUGGGGCAGUACCCGCUUCACUUCCACCUGGCGGGCGACGUGGACGCGCGGGGCGGCUACGACCCGCCCACCUACAUCCGGGAGCUCUCCAUUCACCACACGUUCUCGCGCUGCGUCACGGUGCACGGCUCCAACGGCCUGCUGGUCAAAGACGUGGUGGGCUACAACUCCUUAGGCCACUGCUUCUUCACGGAGGAUGGGCCGGAGGAGCGCAACACCUUUGACCACUGUCUUGGCCUCCUGGUCAAGUCAGGAACCCUCCUCCCCUCUGACCGGGACAGCAAGAUGUGCAAGAUGAUCACGGAAGACUCGUACCCGGGCUACGUCCCCAAGCCCAGGCAGGACUGCAACGCAGUGUCCACCUUCUGGAUGGCCAACCCCAACAACAACCUCAUCAACUGCGCGGCUGCGGGCUCCGAGGAAACCGGAUUCUGGUUCAUUUUCCACCACGUGCCGACGGGCCCCUCGGUGGGGAUGUACUCGCCAGGUUACUCCGAGCACAUCCCGCUGGGGAAGUUCCAUAAUAACCGUGCACAUUCCAACUACCGGGCCGGCAUGAUCAUAGACAACGGGGUCAAGACCACCGAGGCCUCUGCCAAGGACAAGCGGCCCUUCCUUUCCAUCAUCUCCGCCAGGUACAGCCCUCACCAGGACGCCGACCCGCUGAAGCCCCGGGAGCCCGCCAUCAUCAGACACUUCACCGCCUACAAGAACCAGGACCACGGGGCCUGGCUGCGCGGCGGGGACGUGUGGUUGGACAGCUGCCGGUUUGCUGACAACGGCAUCGGCCUGACCCUGGCCAGCGGCGGGACCUUCCCCUAUGACGACGGCUCCAAGCAGGAGAUAAAGAACAGCCUGUUUGUCGGCGAGAGCGGCAACGUGGGGACGGAGAUGAUGGACAACAGGAUCUGGGGCCCCGGCGGCCUGGACCACAGCGGCAGGACCCUCCCCAUAGGCCGGAACUUUCCAAUCCGAGGAAUUCAGUUCUAUGACGGCCCCGUCAACAUCCAGAACUGCACUUUCCGCAAGUUCGCGGCCCUGGAGGGCCGGCACACCAGCGCCCUGGCCUUCCGGCUCAACAACGCUUGGCAGAGCUGCCCCCACAACAACGUGACCAGCCUCACUUUCGAGGACGUCCCGAUUACUUCCAGAGUGUUCUUCGGAGAGCCCGGGCCCUGGUUCAACCAGCUGGACAUGGACGGGGACAAGACGUCCGUGUUCCACGACGUGGACGGCUCCGUGUCCGAGUACCCGGGGUCCUACCUCACCAAGGACGACAACUGGCUGGUCCGGCACCCGGACUGCAUCAGCGUCCCCGACUGGCGAGGGGCCGUCUGCAGCGGACGCUAUGCACAGGUGUACGUCCAGGCCUACAAGACCAGCAGCCUGCGGAUGAAGAUCGUCAAGAAUGACUUCCCCGGCCGCCCCCUCUACCUGGAGGGGGCCCUGGCACGCAGCACCCACUACCAGCAGUACCAGCCAGUCGUGACGCUGCAGAAGGGCUACACAGUGCACUGGGACCAGACGGCCCCCGCCGAGCUCGCCAUCUGGCUCAUCAACUUCAACAAGGGCGACUGGAUCCGAGUGGGGCUCUGCUACCCUCGGGGCACCACCUUCUCCGUUCUGUCCGACGUGCAUGACCGCCGGCUGAAGCAGACGUCCAAGACGGGCACCUUCGUGCAGACCCUCCAGAUGGACAAGGUGGAGCAGAGCUUUCCCGGCCGGAGCCAUUACUACUGGGACGAGGCCUCCGGGCUGCUGUUCCUGAAGCUGCGGGCCCAGAACGAGAGGGAGAGGUUCGCCUUCUGCUCCGUGAAAGGCUGCGAGCGAAUCAGGAUCAAGGCUCUGAUCCCCAAGGACGCGGGCGUCAGCGACUGCACGGCCACCGCCUACCCCAGGUUCGCCGAGAGGCCCGUGGUGGACGUGCCGAUGCCCAGGAAGCUGCGCGGCGCCCAGCUGAGGACAAAGGAGCACUUCCUGGAGGUGAAGAUGGAGAGUUCCAGACAGCGUUUCUUCCACCUCCUGAGAAGGCUUAGCUGUGCCAAAGGGACUCGAGGUCCCUGCGAGCUGGAGCGCUGGCCAAGCAGCCUCCUGGGCCCGGGGCCCGAGGGGCUCUGCAUGGUCCUAACCGCAUGGGCUGUGGUCACCACGCCCACUGAAGUCCCCUCCGUGGGCCCGGCCCCGGCAGACGUGUGCUCCGUGCACCCACCCGUCCCCUCUAGGGGGGGGGACACGCAUACAGGCAGCGAGCGGGUGUGGGGAGGCCCCCAGACCUCCAUCGUACUCGUGGUGUCGAAGGGAAGAUACGCUUCCAGGGGCCCGUGGACCAGAGUGCUGGAGCAGCUCGGGGCGGACAAGAGCCUCAGGUUGAAAGAGAAAAUGGCCUUCGUUGGCUUCAAAGGGAGCUUCCGGCCCACCUGGGUGACCCUGGACACGGACGACCACGCUGCCAAAAUCUUCCAGGUGGUGCCCAUCCCCGUGGUGAGAAAGAAACGGCUGUGAGGACGGCAGCCUCCGUGCUGCCCCGCGGCACGGCAGACGGGCACGGCAGACGGGCACGGCAGACUGGAACCGGGGACUGGCGACGGCAGACCUGGGGGGGGGCCGGGGCAUCAGCCCUGAUGGCAGGGGAGGGGGUGUCAGAGACCCUGGUGCGGCCCUCACCCCUGCUGGAACCUUCUCUCUCCUGCAGCCUCCCGGGUGCUUCUCCCCUACCUGUGCCUUGUCGGGGGCGUGGGGGCCCCGUGAGGAGGCCUGAGUCCAGCCCCUCUCAGAGCGGAGGCUGGUAGUGCCGGGACAGGGAGACCCGGCCUUAGGGAAAUCUCCGUUCCCGUGAGCAGACACCAGCCUUCCCGGGGUCAGGAGCGUGUAGACGAGGCCUCGGGCCCGGGAUGGGCACCAGGUGACUGUUGGAGGCCCCUUGUGGGCUGAGAGCACGCUGCGCAGGAGCCAGCGGUAGACCCAAGGGUGCCGGGUCGCUGGGCGCCUGGGGCCAAGCGGCCAGAAGUCAGGGCUGGCGUCGGAGGCUCGCGGCUGCAGGACGGGGGUCCAGUGAACGUGCCCUGUGACGCCCAGGGAGAACACAGAGAGGGUCAGAAGACCGGGUCAGAAUCCCGCAUGCUUGGGUGGGUCAGGAUGCAGCUGCAGGCCAAGGAAAGGGGUCAGGGCCCCCCCGGGAGCAGGGCAGGCACCAGGCAGGGCAGAGGUGGGCCGGUAGCUUGGAGGUGCCUGCCCGCAGCUUGCUGGCCUGCAAGGGAGGGGAGAGGAGAGGAGAGCCGGGGUGCACUGGCCCCAGGGCGGGCGGAGCCCAGUCCAGGGAAGUGAGCUCCUAGUCAGGGCCUCAUUUGUCCUUCACCCCGAGGCCCAGGAGAGCGCUCUCCCCUCCCGAGCCCCAGGUUUCCAGGUUGGAAAGGACCUUCAGGUACAUCUAGUCCAAGACCCUCCGUAAAUGGAGGGGGCGUGUGAGACCCGGAGCUGGGGAGGAACCGUGAGAGCCCCCGCCCAGCGCCUGUGCCACACCACACUGCCACAGCCAGCCCCGGGCGCGGGUCCCCGGACGGGGAGAAGUCUCCCAAAAAAGUCCUCAGAAUAGACAGAACUGGCCGAUGGCGGGUGCACCCUGGCCCCGGGGCUGCCUGAGUGCAGGCCUGGGACGCGGGGCUGCGCCGGCUCGCCGCUCCGGGCUGGGGGGAGCCGUCUGCCUCGCCCUCCCUGCAGGGAGCUCAGAGGGCUCCGGAAGGAGGGGCCUGCGUGUGUGGUUUGUGCUCCCCCGGGGGUCCCGGGGCUGCGUCUCCCCCUUUCCUGCACCGACCACAACUCUUCCAACUCUUCCUUCAAAGACAUCCUCCUUGGUUCCCUUGGCCCCGUGGCGGCCGUGACUCCAGCUGCUGGGAGGUGACGGUGGGACACGCAGGGGCCCUGCCCCCGGGGGAGCCCCUUCCACGCAGAUCCGCAGUGAUGGCUGGGGAGGGCGGUCAGGACGACCUCGUGUCUUUGCAGUUGGGUUUUCUUCAGACUCGGUCAGUGCACGGGUCUCACAGUGGGAGCCGUCUCGGCCGUCUUUGGUUCCGUUGAUUUCACAAAGUAUCUAUUUGAAACCGCCCAGAGGUGCACAGGCGUCCAGCCCCCUCCCGCGAGGGCCAGGGGCCCGGCCCACUCUCGGUAGCGCCCUUGGUUCUUACUGCCUGGAAAGUCGCGCCCACGGUGGUUUUCUGUCGUCUGCGUUCAAAGGAGUCGGGCCCUGCGGGGUAGACCACGCCCCUCCGAAAUAGCUGGUCCUUUUUCGGGAAUUAGAGGUCUUGUAUGUAAACCCUUCCUACAGGUGUGACUGCGAACAGAGAUGUAUUUUCUAUUUAUUUAUUAUAUAUGCACUUGGGGAAGUCCUUGUUGGAGAAGCGAAGAAUUGUCCUAACUGUCGUGUUUGGGGAUGUCCUUUGGACCGUGUACCGGAGCCUUCUGCGGGCAGCAGGGGACGCGGACUGUGGUUUGGAAAAUCUUGCUGAACCGGAGUAAACGAUCAAAGGAGCGCA